UUUGAGGUUCAGGACACAUGCCUGCCGCACUGCUGGGUGGUGGUGCGGCUGGACGGCCGGAAUUUCCACCGGGUCUCUCAUGGAACUUCCUUGGAACUCACCAGAUACUCUAGCCUGGUGGUCACCUAGCCCCAGGAAUCCUGCCUGCACCUCUCCAGCACUGGGAUGACAAGCAGGUUUGCCGAGGAGCACAACUUUGCCAAACCGAAUGACAGUCGGGCCCUCCAUCUCAUGACCAAAUGUGCCCAGACAGUAAUGGAGGAGCUGGAGGACAUUGUGAUUGCAUACGGCCAGAGUGACGAAUACAGCUUUGUGUUCAGGAAAAGGAGCAAUUGGUUCAAAAGAAGAGCCAGUAAGUUCAUGACUCUCGUGGCCUCCCAGUUCGCCUCCAGUUUUGUGUUUUACUGGCGGGAUUACUUUGAGGACCAGCCCCUUCGGUACCCCCCAGGGUUUGACGGAAGAGUCGUGCUGUAUCCUAGCAACCAGACUUUGAAGGACUACCUCAGCUGGCGACAAGCAGACUGUCACAUCAAUAAUCUUUAUAAUACAGUUUUCUGGGCCCUUAUCCAGCAGUCUGGACUAACGCCAGUCCAAGCCCAGCAGAGAUUAAAGGGAACUCUGACGGCAGACAAGAAUGAGAUUCUGUUCUCUGAGUUCCACAUCAACUACAACAAUGAGCCACACAUGUACAGGAAAGGGACAGUGCUGGUGUGGCAAAAGGUGGAAGAAGUCAGAACACAAGAAAUUAGGCUGCCAGCAGAAAUGGAAGGGGAAAAGAAGACCGUGGCUCGGACCAGAACCCGGGUGGUGGCCUUGAACUGUGAUCUCAUUGGGGAUGCCUUCUGGAAGGAACACCCAGAGAUUCUGGCAGAAGAAAACUGAUCUUGCACUCUGCAGUUCUAGCAUGCUUGAUCACGCAGGGCUCCCCGAGUCUCCCCCCAACCCUAGGUGGCUCAAACAUUCCUGGUCCCAAGAACACUGUAAGGAGGGACAUGACUGGCGACGGGUGGAGACAGACGAAGGAGGGAUGUAUGGAGGUGGCGUAUCUUGUUCUGCUUAAGCAGAAUACCUUUAAAAAAAAAGAAAGAAAGAAAGAAAACGGUGUUAGAACAUGACUUCUUUGGCUCUUUUCAAAAUCAUGGUCCUAUUUUUAUAAAGGAACUAUUCAUACUUUGCUGGAGGAGUCAUUUUUAGCUGUGGUAUAAGCCUUAUAAAAAACUGUCACCUCUUUCCACCUCUGAUAGAAGAGGAGCCCAAACUUUACCCUCACCCACUUAACUAGAGAACGCAGUGACUGAAAAUUCCCACUCCUGACACCCAGUUGCUUGCACUUAUCUUUUGGCGUGCAGUUAAAUAUGGGUUGCUGCCUGCACGAUGCCUCCAGAUUGAGAAAUCCCAGGGAACACUCAAGACUCUGUGCCAGCUCCCAGGGUGGCAGCUUUGUCUGAACUGAACACAGGAGGAAUGGUUUGGGGAACCUGUGCCAUUCCAGGAUUGAUUUUUCUGGAAUUGUUACCAUAAUCAUUGUCAUCUCUUACCGGCAACAUAGUUUCCAGUCACUUAACUCACUUUAAGAAAAGGUAUUUUAGGGAGGUAUAUGUGUGUACAUAUGGGAAAUGUGUGUGUGUACAUGUGUGUGUGCGUGAAUGUGAAUGAAGAUAGAGAAGCAGCUACUUGUGUACGCUGGGAUUACGUCACUGGCAAACUGACUUUGGGUUAGACUUCUGGACAAUCACAUUCAAACAGCCUCAAUACAGUGAGAGCUGUACCACUUGAAUUCAAGAGCACCAGAAGGCUGGUUACGGUGGUACAGCCUAAUCCUAGCACUCAGGAGGCUGAGGCAGGAAGAGGAAAUAUUUGAAGCCAAACUGUAUGACAUGGCAAGGCUCUCAAAAAGGGGUAGAGUCGGGCUUGAGGUCACUGGUGAUUGCAGAGGUUUUAAAAUAGCUCCUCUCACCGAUGGCAGGAUGGGAACUGGCAAGGGGCAGAGAGUGGGGAUGGAGGGCAUUUGUCCGUGUUGAACUCUGGGGAAAUCACGGUUCCCCUUGACCCUGUUUCAUAUCUUAGAGGGAAGAGUUUAUUUGGCUCCAUUAGGAAUUAAUUAAAAGACAGCCCGUGUCCUGCUGCUGCCUGGUCUUGCAUUUGCAGGAUUUUCAGCCAAGAAGAAAAUAUAUUUUUGAAAGAGCAGCGUCUGGCCUCAUCCCUCACUAAUUGACACUCCAUCUGCCGAUGCCGGUUUUUUCCUUCCUAUUCUCCCCACUCCUCAGG